AUGGGUAAUAUCAUGUCCGCCAGCUUUGCCCCAGAGUGUACUCCGCUCAAGGAUACCUACGACAAGUGUUUCAACCAAUGGUACAGUGAAAAGUUCCUCAAGGGGCGCUCCAUGGAAAACGAAUGCGCCGAGCAAUGGCAGACAUACAUGGAAUGCGUCGAGACCCAUCUCGUCAAACAGGGAAUCAAACCCGCCCUAGACGACGCCAGGAAAGAAGCCCCUUUUGAGAACGAGGGGAAACCUCUAGACAAGUAG